AUGUUUCUCUGUAACGAAUCGCCACGCCACCUCGCUAAGCAGGACAAGUGGGAAGAGGCCCUAUUAGUCCUGUCCAAUAUCCGCGCUCUACCUCCUGACCAUCCUUAUGUCGCUGCAGAAUUCGCCAACAUCAGGACAGCUAUCGAGGAGGAAAACGCCAUUCUUAAUGGUGCAACCUGGAUGAGCUUGCAAAGAGAAAUGUGGCUGGUCCCAUCUAAUCGCAAGCGGGCUAUCAUCUCUAUCUUGCUCAUGUUUUUUCAACAGAUGACGGGUACCAACGCCAUCAAUUAUUAUGCGCCUCAAAUAUUUGCGAGCCUUGGCGUCGAAGGCACCCAGAACGAGCUAUUUGCGACUGGCAUCUACGGUCUUGUGAAGUUGAUUGCCGUCGCCGUCUUCCUGCUUUUUGUUGCCGACUCUCUUGGUCGCCGCAGGUCCCUCUUGUGGACCGGUAUCGGCCAAGGUUCGACGAUGCUGUACAUUGGUAUCUUCAUCGCAGUGGCCAGGCCUCAGGAACAGGAAGAUUCUCAGGUGUCAGCUGCCGGUUACAUUGCGCUCAUCUGCGUUUUCCUGUUCGCCUGCAUGUUUCAGUUUGGCUGGGGGCCUUGCUGCUGGAUUUAUGUCUCCGAGAUUGCCACUGCUCGUCUCCGUGCAACCAAUGUCUCCUUCGCAGCUGCGACCCAGUGGCUUUUCAACUUUGUCGUCUCUCGUGCCGUUCCUCCAAUGCUUGAGACUUUGGGAACUGGCGGGUACGGUACAUAUAUCUUCUUCUGUGUCUGGUGUUUUUCUAUGACAGUAUUUGUGUGGUUUUUCGUCCCUGAGACAAAGGGUCUUUCUUUGGAGGGCAUGAAUGACCUUUUUGGCUUUAAGGAUGAUGUACAGAGGAAACGUGUCGAUAUUGAGAGCUCCUCGAUGAACAACGAGAAGACGCAGGGCAACGUCACCCAACUUGAGGACACUACCACUGCCUCUCCCAAGGCUUAG